AUGAGUGAUGAGCAACUGCAGUAUCAAGGAAAAUGGGGCUACACCAUAUUGCACCGGGCCGUUGAUAAGAAUGCUGAAGCAAUAGUCAAGCUCAUUGCCAGACGUUGUGCUCAGGAGCAAGUGGCUAAUUGCCAGGGCUAUACACCCUUGCAUCUUGCUAUUUCUGGAGGUCGCAUCAAAAUUACUAGGAUGCUCGUCAAUGCUGAUUUUGACUUGUCGGCCAAGGAUCUAGGUGGAAGAACUCCUCUUCAUUGGGCCUGUUCUGAAAGCCGCAGGGACAGCAAUUUUGCUGACAUCGUCCAGCUCAUGCUUGCUAAGGGGGCCGACCCUUCGGUUGUCGCAAAAUUCAAGGAAAACCUUCUGCACGUGAUCCUUGAGGACAACUUGAAACACAAUCUCACCAUCCUUCAGAUGGUAAUCGAUGUUGGAGUCGGUGUCAACACCUUGGACAGUGUUGGGUUUUCGCCUCUCUGGUGA